AGAAGCAAAACAGAAAAAUCAAAGUGACGCCUUCAGCUACAGCUGGAUUGCUCAGACAACAAAUGAACAGUCAGGGAAAGAAAACUCUAUCGGGGCUUGGCUAAGUGAGUUUGAAAUAAGAAGCAAAGUCACAGCGACUAUCGGGGCUGAAGAAGGAGAAGCUCAACACAACUCUACGCAAAAUACAAAUUUCGCAGCACAGAUUCUGAUUGCUGCAUUGAUUCCGUACUCUCUGCCAAGAUAUGCAGCCCUUAGAGUUACAUUAAGCAGAAGAAUGACAGUAUGAUGUCUGAAGACGCUGGAGUAAUGUUAGUAGUUUAUGAUGAUCCAUCAGAUCAACGAUCUUUGUCUUUGGAUGAGACCAGCAGCACUGAGGAAUCACCUGAUGAGACCAGGCUUUCAUUAGAGACCACGAAUGAUGUAAUUCCAUAUAUAGGACAAAGAUUUUCUACUCAUGAUGCGGCUUAUGAAUACUAUAGUGAAUUUGCAAAGCAAUGCGGAUUCUCAAUCCGGAGGCACCGCACAGAAGGCAAAGAUGGGGUAGGAAAAGGACUUACUAGACGCUACUUCGUCUGUCAUCGUGCUGGCAACACCCCAAUUAAAACCUCCCAUGAGAGGAAGCCCCAAAGGAAUAGAAAGUCCUCCCGGUGUGGAUGUCAAGCAUACAUGCGGAUAAGCAAGACAACAGAAUUAGGAGCACCAGAAUGGCGUGUCACGGGCUUUGCAAACCACCAUAAUCAUGAACUCUUAGAAGCAAACCAAGUUCGUUUUCUUCCUGCAUACAGAACUAUAUCUGAGGCUGAUAAGAGCCGGAUACUUAUGUUUGCCAAGACAGGAAUUUCUGUGCAGCAAAUGAUGAGGCUCAUGGAGCUUGAGAAAUGUGUGCAACCAGGAUAUUUACCAUUCACUGAAAAGGAUGUGAGGAAUUUACUCCAGACAUUUAGGAAAUUAGAUCCGGAAGACGAGAGCAUAGACUUGUUGAGAAUGUGCAGAAACAUCAAGGAGAAAGAUCCUAACUUCAAAUUUGAGUACACACUUGACUCAGACCACAGAUUAGAGAAUAUUGCCUGGUCGUAUGCAUCAUCAGUCCAGUCAUAUGAGAUAUUUGGUGAUGCAGUGGUGUUUGAUACUACUCAUCGCUUAACUGCAUUCGAUAUGCCACUCGGGAUAUGGGUUGGAAUAAAUAAUUAUGGCAUGCCUUGCUUCUUUGGCUGUGUGCUUCUGCGAGAGGAAAGUUUAAGGUCAUUUUCAUGGGCAUUGAAGGUAAUAGAGUGACUCUAUACUUCAUUACUCCCAAAUUUACUGUGGUUUUCUGUUUUGUAUGGAAAUAUGUUUCUGAAAGAAGCAAUAAGCAUGGAAAUGCCAACAACUAAACAUGCACUUUGCAUAUGGAUGAUAGUGGCAAAGUUUCCGUCCUGGUUCAAUGCUGUUUUGGGUGAACGUUACAAUGAGUGGAAAAGUGAGUUUUAUCGCAUUUACAAUUUGGAGUCCAUAGAGGAUUUUGAACUAGGAUGGAGGGACUUGGUAAAUUCUUUUGGGCUUCACUCUAACAGGCACAUAGUCAACUUGUAUGGCCUCCGCUCACUAUGGGCACUACCAUUCUUGAGAAGCCAUUUCUUUGCAGGAAUGACUACAAUUGGACAGUCUAAAUCGAUUAAUGCAUUCAUCCAACGAUUUUUGAGUGCACAGACCCGGCUUGCACAUUUUGUCGAACAAGUUGCUGUCGCUGUGGAUUUUAAAGAUCAAGCUGGAGAACAACAAACAAUGCAACAGAAUCUCCAAAAUAUAUCCCUGAAAACAGGAGCGCCCAUGGAAUCCCAUGCUGCCUCAACCUUUACUCCUUAUGCUUUCUCUAAGCUUCAAGAACAACUUGUUUUGGCUGCCCACUAUGCAUCUUUUGAGAUGGAAGAUGUUUUUCUUGUUCGACACCACACAAAAGCUGAGGGAGGUCGGAAAGUAUAUUGGGUUCCACGGGAAGGCAUUAUAAGUUGCAGUUGCCAUCACUUUGAGUUCUCUGGAAUUCUCUGUCGGCAUGCACUUCGAGUUCUCUCCACAGGAAAUUGUUUUCAAAUCCCUGAGAGAUAUCUUCCUGUCCGUUGGCGCCGUAUCAGCAUUCCUUCUGCAAAACUCCUUCAGAGUGCUCCAAGUGAUCAUGCAGAAAGAAUACAGUUAUUGCAGAAUAUAGUAUCAACUCUUGUAACAGAAUCUGCCAAGUCGAGGGAGAGGCUAGAUAUAGCAACCGAGCAAGUCUCCAUUCUCUUAUCUCGUAUACGAGAGCGGCCUGUUUCAGUGCAAAGUACAAGAGAGAUUUCAUCAAUGCAUAGGAAUAUUUGAUUCAUAACAGUUAGCUUAGUCAGAAUUCUCAUAGAAGAUGAAACUUGUCAAGAUUUGCUAAAGAAUGUAAGUCAGGCAGGCUAGGAAGCUAGAAUCGGCAUCAGGGUUUUGGGAGCUGGCAUGUGGGAUGAAGUUUGUUACUUGAUCAUUUUGUAGUUCUUUUGGUACAUGCCAUCGUGGUUCUACAAGGCAAUUGGUUUUGUUGGACAUCAUUUCAUAUGCCUUACUUAUGACAGGUGGCUUUCAAUGGGGAUGUGUACAAAGAAUAUAUAGAAAUGAAAUGUCCAUAUGUCUCUCCUUUUGUUUUUUGUAUAAAACAAAUUUCAUCUUGCUGCAAUCAGGA